AUGCGUUGGAAUCCUGAAACAGAUGUCUUGUAUAUACCGCAACAUACAUUGUCCAUGCAGAAUGACCACUUACUGACGAAAAGAGAGAUCUUGAAGGAAUCAUCAUCUAUAUUCGAUCCGCUUGGAUUAUUGAACCCUGUCACAGUGAGAAGUAAAGUUCUGAUGCAAUCAUUAUGGCAACGCAAGUUAGAGUGGGACGAGCUUUUACCAGACGACAUAAUUAAAGGGUGGUGCAGCAUAAGAGCAGACGUUAAAAAAGCCACCGACAUGAAGUUUCCACGCUGUUAUUUCCCAGAUGAUUCUCCUACAGAAAAAAAUCUUCACAUUUUCUGCGACGCAAGUGUGAAAGCAUACGGCGCAUGCGCGUACAUUGUUUCCGGAAGUCACAGCACACUUGCUAUGGCCAAGAACAGAGUAGCACCCAUUAAGCAGCUAACCAUCCUGAAACUCGAGCUUUGUGCAGCUGUCCUGGGAGCCAGACUGUGCCAUCAUAUUAUCACAAGUAUAGAGUGUCAGAGAGUUUACCUGUGGAGCGACAGUGGAUUUCAACAUCAAAGAAGCGACCCAUAUUUGUAUCCAACAGAGUACAAGAAAUACAUGAACUGA